UCCGUCGUCACUCUUACUCGUCGUCUUUUCUCGUUUAGUUUCUCUUGUUCUUUUAGUGCACGAAAUGCGGAAAUUUCAUUGUUUUUCAACAUUAGCUAUAGGAUUUGAAAUCGCAUCGAUACGAAGUGUCAAGUGUUUUCCGAACAAAGUGAUUUUUUGUUGUGGAGAUAGAAAAUGCGUCGAAAAGAUGAAGGAACACGCACAAACGGUGACUGUGCGAAUGAAUUAAAAAUUUGUGCCGGUUGAAUUUUAAUUUAACAAUAAUAACGGAUGACGUCACGAAUGCAAAAACGAUCGUACACUUUCUUAGAGUUAGGGAUGCACGUAAAGGAAAUAUUAUGAGUUUAUCGCGACAUUUUUUAGGUUUGAGCAAAACCGCCUUAAAAGGGUGAAAAAUAUCUAAUUUUUUGUUAUAUUUCUUUCUUCGGAUGUUUUCACUUGUAAAAAUAUGUUUAAUUAUGUUUAAUUAUUGUAUAUGCGCAUACAUCGUGCAUAUGCAUGAUCAUGAAGCGUGACGUAAUUGAAGAAAGAAUGAUAAUAGUAUCAUGAAUAUUUUGCCUUUGGGAGGUUUUGCAAUGAGCCGCGAACGUGCAUCCUUUAAAAUUUUAUGAAAGAAAUAUGCCUCGGGAAGUUAAUAAUGAAGCUUCAUCGAAACUGAUAAGCUCGGAAACGACACGAGUUGGGGGAUAUAUGAUCAUCGCGAGAUACUUGGUGAUUGAAAAAUUACUUUACACGCGAGAAACGUGAACGUACUACGCAUCUUUUAGUGCGUAUUAAAAAACAAUGGAAAAAAUCGUGUAGAUGUGUGGACUAAGAGAGCAGACGAGAAGCAGAAAGAGGAGGGAAAGAGAAAAAGAGAUACAUAUAUAUUCGCGAUAUUUUGAAAAAUGGCUUUAAUAAUACCUAGGAACAAUUCGCCCAUUGUACGCGACAAGGAGACUGUUCCAGCAUACGACAUCAAGCUAGAACGAGUGCUGGGUGUAACUGUUUCCAGCAAUGCAGCCCUCGAUUGUGAUAAGACCAGUGAAUUGGUCGCUUAUCCAGCUGGUUGCACCAUCGUGCUGUUUAAUCCACGACGAAACAGUCAAGCACACGUAUUGAAUGCCUCGCGGAAGACUGUGACCUCCCUAGCGCUCGCCGGUGACGGUAAACUCUUAGCCACCGGUGAAUGCGGUCAUAUGCCGAACGUCCGUGUCUGGGAUAUUUCCGAUCCGCACAACGCCGUGCAAAUCGCGGAAUUUCCGGGACAUAAGUACGGCAUCAACUGCGUGGCGUUCUCGCCCAGCAACAAGUACGUUGUAUCGGUCGGUUCGCAGCACGACAUGAUUGUGAAUGUUUGGGAUUGGCGGAACAAUGUCAAAGUAGCAUCCAAUAAAGUUUCGAGCAAGGUGAAGGCCGUCUGUUUCGCGGAGAAUGGCACGUAUUUCGUUACCGUGGGUAACAGGCACGUCAAGUUUUGGUACUUGGAGUAUUCGCGUAGCGCCAAGUACAAAGAACCCGUGCCUUUGAUGGGUCGUUCCGCUAUAUUAGGAGAGCAGAGAAAUAAUGAUUUCGUUGACGUAGCCUGCGGUAGGGGAGAGAUGGCAGAUUCUACGUAUGCGAUAACCAAAACGGGUCUGUUGUGCGAAUUUAAUAACAGGAGGCUCUUGGACAAGUGGGUCGAGCUUCGAACGAGUAGUGCCAAUUGCAUGGCGAUCGGGGAUAAAUAUAUUUUUAUCGGAUGCGCCGAGGGUAUUGUAAGAUGUUUUAGUCCUAACACACUUCAGUUUAUCACCACAUUACCGAGGACACAUUACUUGGGAGUAGACGUUGCACAAGGAUUGUCUAUCAGCCAUAUGUCUCAACAUCCGCCUAACGCGAGGUAUCCGGACGCGAUCGCGCUGGCAUUCGAUGAGCGAAAUAACAAACUGACUUGCGUGUACAACGACCAUAGCAUCUACGUUUGGGAUGUGAGGGAUAUCAAGCGGGUCGGCAAGUCGCACUCGUUCCUGUACCAUUCGGCCUGCAUCUGGGGCGUCGAGAUGUAUCCGACCGAUUCAGAUUCCGUCGGUGCGAUGCCGCCCGGAAGUUUCAUCACCUGCUCCAGCGACGACACAAUAAGGGUCUGGAAUUUGGAGAGGGAUAGCACGCCAAAUGAUACCUUAUACAAGCGGAACAUUUAUAGCAAUGAAUUGCUCAAGGUGUUGUACGUGGAUCCGGAGUUGACUUACCUGAAGGAUCUGGACUUGGCCGCCGCGGGAUCCGCCGAAAAGAGCGACGCAUCUUACGACGGUCGUAACGGCGUGAGAUCGAUAAGAGUCGCUCCUGACGGCAAGCACCUCGCUUCCGGGGAUAGAUCCGGUAAUAUCAGAAUCCACGAUGUUUCUUCAUUGGAAGAGUUAUGCCUGAUAGAAGCGCACGAUGCCGAAGUGCUGUGUCUAGAGUAUUCCAGGUUCUCACGACAUUCGCUGGACGCCCCUAGACUACUAGCAAGCGCGUCUCGCGACAGAUUGAUUCACGUUUUUAGCGUCGAUCAGGGAUACAAUUUUCUGCAGACGCUUGAUGAUCAUAGCUCUUCCAUUACCGCGGUUAGAUUUUUUAAUCAAUUGAAUCAAUGUAAUCAGAUACAGAUGGUAUCCUGCGGCGCGGAUAAGAGUAUUAUUUUUAGGCAAUUGCAAUCAACGCCAGGCGGAAUGCCGCAAUUUGCUAGGGGUCGCAAUGCUCAGGGAAAAACCACUCUGUAUGACAUGGAAGUCGAUUCUGGACAGAAGCAUGUGUUAACCGCCUGUCAAGAUAGAAAUAUCCGAGUUUAUAAUGUUACUACAGGGAAACACAGCAAGACUUUUAAAGGUUCCGUUAGUGACGACGGAUCGCUGAUUAAAGUUGUUCUAGAUGCGUCCGGUAUUUAUGUAGCUACCUCAUGUACAGACAAAACGUUAUGCGUGUACGAUUAUUAUAGCGGCGAGUGCAUGGCCACUAUGGUUGGUCAUUCAGAACUGGUGACUGGUUUGCGCUUUAGCCCAGAUUGUCGUCACCUUGUGUCUGCGAGCGGUGACGGCUGCGUCUUCGUGUGGCGUAUUCCGCACGACAUGGUCGUGACCAUGCAGGCUCGUCUAGCUCAGCAAGCGAUGCGCGCCGGCAAGAAACCGCUCCAAGUCAACGAUGGCGAAAUCGACAUACGAUUGGAUAAUGAAACCUUUGGAUCGCCUCCAUCGGAUCUUCUCGAUCCCAACUCGAAUCCAACGCUCCAGAGCGUAGAUUACAGAUUCAGCGUCGGUCAGUUACCGCUAUGGGCGAAGAAACAAAUAAAUACCACGAAUGUUGACGAUAGCGCUGCUCUGAACUCAAAUGUCAGGUCUCUCGGUGUCGAUCUGCCAAAGGGACGAUGGGCACAAAGGGUUCAACAGAGCGACGGUAUCACCGUCAAGUCUGUCUAUGACAGCGACGAAGUUAUACCGUUUCCUCCGUCGCGCAAUGCCAUUGACUCGGAUGGCGGUGGUGGCGGUGGCGGUGGUGGCGACUCGAAGGACAGCUCCAUCGACAGCGGCACAGAGACGAAAUGCAGCAGCGACUAUCGUCGAGAAACGAUGAUUAACAAAAGGGAAGAAGAGGAAAGUGUAUUUCAAUCUUGUCCCAAAAGUUAUAGAGAGAUAGAAAAUGAAACGAAACAGGCGAUUGACGAUAAGGUGACAGUAAGAAAUAAUAAUUUUACGGACGUGACACGUCACGCGAGAAGUCGUCAUCACACCGACGAUAGCAGUCUUGGCAGCUUUAAAUUUGAGGAUCAUGAAAGCACCGAACAUGAUGGGGAUGUCGAAGAUUAUUCCGAAGGGGAAAACGGAACGACUAGUUCUGAAAAGUCACACCAUAGGUUAAUGUAUUAUCCCCCACCAGAAGAUAUUGUAUCAAAUCAGUUUACCGUUAAUGCGAUGGACGUUGAGGAACUUCGAAGGUCACAAAGGCGUCAAAAGAAGUUGAAGAACGCGGAGAAUGGUCGGACGAGUGAAUUAACCGCGUCUGGCAGUCAGGAUGAAUCUGAUUCAGAAGGCGGGGCGUCGACUCCUAGCGCCGAGAGAAAUCCGUUGUCUAUAUUAUCCGAAGCUAGUUCUGAAGGUUUUGAUCAGCUUUCUAAACAGAGUCACAGGGAAAAAUAUCUGAAGAAUGCCUUCGAGUCGCUUAGCGGCGCGGAAGAACCACCAAAUCGUGCGAAAGCAACAAGUAUUAGCUCUCAGUUUCACGGGAGACUUAGUGGCGGUGAAGGUAACGCUGCUGCCAAAAUACGUAAUGCGGCGGUGGUUAACGCGACAAAACAUGCGAGAGGCGACAUUGAUGUUGCAAAAAAACGGGAAGAGUUACAGAGAAGGAUAGAGGAAACCAGAAGAAAAUUACAAAGUGUGGGUUAUAGAUCGUUACUGAAAUCCAGCCAAAGCAUAUCCGACUUGAGCAGUCACAUACAAGAAAAGCAUCAUCGUUCAAACAGGCUCAGCACAGGUAACAGAUCCGGUCAACUAAACCAAUUUUCAAAACCGCGUAAUCCCUGCAAACCUAUGCUAAAUCCAAAACCCACGUUUAAAUCCCAAGAAUCCAACAAAGUUAACAAGGUCCAAGGUAUGGGGAAUGCGUUACCUAAACCAGAGAUACCAAGUGAAAACUGCUUGUUGAAAAGUCCAACUAUGUUGUGCAUCAAUGAGAAAGUAAAAAAACCAACUUUUAGCCGUCCGUUAACGUUGACAUUAAAAAAAACUGAAAAGUAUAAGCUGUCUUUGAAUAAGGCUAAUCAAUCUUUGCCCGAAUCUCCUGUAUGCGAGGAAUUGAAGUUAUUGAAAGAGCAGUGUAAGAAGAAUAUCAGUCGGUUUGCAAGAUUUGCUCAGAAGAGAAGGUCUUGCAGUUAUUUUAUCGGUCUGAAUGAUAAUGAGAAGGAUAUGGAGAACGUUGCAAAAUCUUUCGAAAGCUUACCCGCUAUGAACGAGCGUAAUAUGGAGAAUUUUAAAGAGACCGUCGACGAUGCCGACGAGGGGAACGGCACGUUCAGCGACGAUUCACUGGAAGGAGAUCUCAAGAAUCCACCUCGGCGUUGUGUCAGCGACUAUCAGAUUAACGUUCAUAUGAAUGACUACAGAAGUUAUUCGACGUAUCAGGAUAUUCAGAAGAAGAUUUUAACUGGUUCUCAAGAGAGUGUACUCUCGGAUGCCUCUGUUGAAUCGUUCUCUAAGGGAAGCGCCGAGAUUCUGGAUUACGAUCACGAUAGACACUCGAGCGCGAGCUUCUUCCUAUCUCGACGCAAGAUGCAGGAGAGCAGAAGUCAGGAGAGUAUAUUAACUGAUGAGUCGGACUACCAGAUGUUUCCAUUACACGAAAACGCUGAUCAUCGAAGUACAGAGAGCGUGUUAACCGACGACUCGGACUCUUUAGUGAAAUCAGCACCUUUGGAAAUGUUAUUCGACUCUCAUUACAAGCGAAAGAGGCAAAAUUCCGAGACUUACAGUGGAAAUCCUAAUAAUAUCACAGAGACCACCACGGAUGACGUACAAACGUCCACCACGGAGAACACACUGUACAGAGCGGUAUUUAGAUCGAAGUCUUUGCAGGACACUAGAAUCAGCAAAGCGAGGAACACGACGACGUUCGCAGAAGACACUGCAUCACUGAAAACUCAAGUUUACUGUGAAUUCAAUUUUGAUAAUGAGCACAAGGACGAUGCGGAUGGGACGAUUUGCAGCGGAUCGGAAACUAUUCCGUGUAGCACGAGCCUGAAACCGGAAUCGAUGAUGAUCCUGAAUGAUUUCGUUGCUCACAAACCACCGAAACCUAAGAGAAACUCGUCCCGCACUCAGAGUAUGCGCAACAGAGCUAGACCAGCCUGGAAGUACAUUGACACGCCGCUCUCAUCGCCUGCUUUAAAAAGCGUAACCGAUUCCGACAAUUACACGGCAUCCUCCAUGAGUUCAGCUUGUUCCGAAUAUCGAGUUACGUCGAGCGAUAAGAAGACUAAGCGAGAUUUACUCGAUACCGAAGUAAUGCAACAGUUCUUGCAGUCUGCAAAUUUUACACUGCAAUCUGACGAUAAUAAAGACAGCGGAGGCGAAUUCUACAGUCUGCAGACUUGCGCCGAUAAGAAUGGUAUGCAGGAUGAGUUGAUGUAUGACAAAAACGACUCUUCGCGUCUAACGAGAAAUCAUCAUAUAACGAAGAUUCACGACACGAGAGAGGGACACGGCGUAUCAUACGAUAGGGAACAAGUAAAUUUAUUCGAGAACGAUAUUCCAACGAAGGAUAUGUACGAAACUUACGAUUCAUUGGAGCCCGGCGGAGUUUCCUGCGACCCGCAAAGAGAAGAGUUAUCGCUCAGUAGUUCGAAUUUGCAGACCACCAAUGAACGUAUCGACGAUCUCAACGCGAGCGUGGAUUUUCGGAUAACUCGCGCGAUCGAGGGCACCGUGAAGUUACUCUCGAAGGAAUUCGAGAAUCUAGUGAAGCAAAAGCAAUACUUGACGAGGGAGAGGUGUCUACGACUGACGCACGGUCAAGAGACGAGCGAGAACUUCGCCAAGUUGGAGGCCGAGCGUGAUGGUAGAUUUUACGCGGUCAGACGCGAUAUACGACUGCACUCGUGCGGCGAGGACAGCGACUGCGCCGAUGUGUCGACGAUGGACAGGUCGCUGAUGGAGAGCGGCUCCUCCACGUCCGCCUCAAGUUGCACCAACUCGCCUAAGAGAAUGUGGCCGCCCGCGUCGCGCUGUCCGAGUCACACAAGUCACAAGUGGACGAAAACUCUGCCGACAAUUGAUCAAACGAUUUUUGCUACAAAGUAUCCUUAUGCAGUUUCAGGAAAGUUAGGAAGUAAAAAUGUAAGUGCAACAUCAAGAUUUGGUGGCGGUGCCAAUUCUAGCAGCCAAUCCAGAUAUGUUUCAGGAAAAACUCACUCGACUCACAUAACAAGAAGCAGCAGCGUUGGUGUUUUAAACCAAAGUGACUCGGAAUCGGAUGCCGGUAUAGCAGGAGGAGCUAGAGGGUGGAAUGGCCAAUCUAGCAUUAACAGUAGGACAAGCGGUCUGAUGAGACCGACGAUUAGUUCUCAAAAUAAAAUUAAUCAUCAAAAUAAAUCGAGUUCUUCUAGUAACAAUGUUUCAUCAAUCUUGAGAAGACGAGGAAUGCAAGGGGCUUUCUCGACUGUUAAUCUAAGUCAAGUGGGAAAUCAAGAAGAUUCGAGUUCGGAAGAUACCUCGUCGAAUGGAAAUGGAGGAAAACCGGCACUACCGCCAAGACCUAGAAGCAUCAGUAUCGAUCAUUCCUCUGCUAGUUUAAGUUUACCCGGUACAACGGUAAGAAAAUCUGGAUCGGCAAUCAUCACAAAUGGCCGGAAUGGUGCCGGUGCGAUCGGGCAAAAUGGAAGUAGGAUAUCCGCGGCGAAUAGAAAUCAGUUGGAGCCUAGUCCACAUGAGCUACCAGUUAAGGACACCGAUCGCGCUAUUGAUGUAGCUAGUGUCGAACUAGGCAUGGAUAAAACAUUAGUCUCCACACAAUUAUGCAACACGAUCGCGGAUGAGCUUACACGCACUGCGGACAACGUCGUGCAAUUGUACAAACGUUUGAUGAUAGACAACGACGACGACCCGUCUAGAAGAGCGAUCGAUCGGGAUACGAUGCUACGUGGAUUAGAGUCGUCUGUUAACGAAACCAUGCGUACUUUACGACUGGUCGUUGCCAGCGGUGGUGAGAACGACAACGAUGGAAGUAGCGGAAGCGUCGUCACUAAUGAAGCGACGGUGAAGUUUCAAGAAUUACUCGCGGGUCAGGAUCAGGGCAAGGUAGUCAAUAUGAUGCAGCAAUAUUCAGAACUACUCUUAACUAUGAUGCAACAGAGGAUGGGAGGAACUCAAUCAAGUCACACAUAAAUCCGUCCGUCUGGAGAAUUGAUAAGGAAAAUGUGAUUGCCAUCGUUAUUUAAGGCUCCUGGGUAGUCACCGCGGCCAUAUUGGAUUCUUACUAUCGAGGCGAGGAAAACACCUAAUUUUAAGUUGCGGUAUUUUCCGAAAUAAAAAGACAUUUCAAUAAAAAAUCACGACAGAUCGUUUCAGCACACUUCAAAAAUUGACCGGAUACUAUCCUUUUCCCUCGACAAUAAACAAACAGCCAUAAAACAAAGCCUAAACAUACGGAAAACAAGCCGUUUGACGACUAU